UACCCUGGACAGAUCAAAUAUCUCCAUUUCUUACACAUUCAUAUCACCAACUAUGGCUCGCUGUGACGUUCUCCUCCUCUCUCUCUUCCUCAUCGCCGCUGUCUCUGUCGUUGCAUUUGCCGAUCAAGAACCAGACUGCGUCUACACAUUCUUCAUCGAAACAGGAUCGAUAAACGGCGCCGGCACAGAUUCGAUCAUAACCGCUAUAAUCUCCGACAAAACCGGACAGAAGAUCGUAAUAAGAAACCUAGAAGCAUGGGGAGGGUUAAUGGGACCAGGUUACGACUACUACGAGAGGGGCAAUGUGGACAUUUUUAGUGCUACUGAGAAGUGUCUUCCGAGCCCAAUAUGUUCAUUGACUCUGAGAUCUGACGGCAGCGGCCUAUUCCAUGCCUGGUAUGUAAACUAUGUGCAGCUCACGACCGUCGGAUUUCACGCUAACAGCGCACGUCAAUACUUCAAUGUGGAGCAGUGGCUUGAGUCCGAUACGUCUCUAGAAGCAGUACGCAAUAACUGCCCGGUUUCGCUGAGGGAGAGUGUCGGUCGGGCCGGGUCUUAGGUCCGUAAAACUCCCUAUAAGAUCGAAUGAAUCAAUGAAAGAAUGUGUGUGUCUUGUCUUGGCCUCUUGAAAAUAAUGUAAACGAUCCGAUCGAAAUAAAAUUGUUGUCUUAUGAAUGA